AGUUCAGCAAAAGAAGUACAAAGCCGCAGAACUAUAGCAGAUGAGGAAGCACAAACGGGGCUAAAAAAGCAAUUUCCACCGGAAAACACGAUUACCGCAGCUACUGAACAGGAUUAUGAGGCCCCUCUACGCGAGUAUUCCAAGUUCUCAGCCUCUGUGUCACAAUUAUUUGACAGCACCUUUUUGAACAACAUAGUUGCAGCUGUAGAAAACGAGCCUCCACUCUCUCGUGAGGAACACCUACAGCAGUUGCGAAUACGCGCUGGUUUGGUUCUUAGAGAUGAACCAAGCCUUCAUGACUACUACACUCAAUCGUAUCAACAACAGCAGAAGAAAACCACUCAAGACCGCGUGAAUUUUACCGGUUCUCUUCCUGCCCUGAACACUCAGUCCAUACCCAAACCCAGUGGAGUUUUUGGAUCCUUCAUGUCGAGAGCUCAAAAUGCAGCGUCUGGCCUGAUGAAGCAGGUGAAUGUGGUAGCAGAAGCUGCGAAACAAGCUGUGUCUGAGGCACACACGAUCAUUUCGGCCGAAGAAAAACAGCUACAUCAGCGGCAACAGUCUCAGAAACCGCAGCUGCAGCGGCAGCACUCCAGAAAGAUCCCAGUUGGGUCAGAUAGACUAUCACAACAAGAAACCAAUCUCCCAGAGUUAACUCCACCCACACCAGAUGAUGCAAAAAAAAGUAGUGAUGAAGAUGUGCAGGGCAUUUUAAUGCCCUCAGAGUUUGUUAAUGAGGAGGAGAGAAAGGCAGCACGUAGGGCUUGGGGACAGUCGUCUUCAGUUGAACAAGAUGAUGAGGAUUUUGGCGAAGACAAUGUUAAUGUGGACGAUCGAGACGAAUUCUUUGGCGAUGAGGGUGAUAGUAAUCAAUGGAUUAAAUCGGAGACGCAGAAGGGUCGGCUGAGAUCCCGAAGGGAGGACCUAAUGAUGGGAGAAGAGGAGAUUGAUGAUGAGGCAUGGUUAAGGUCGCGUGACAAAGACGAACGUGCUGCCAUUCGUGCAAGGGAUGGAAUGCUCAUGGCAGCAGUCACAGGGAUUCAUGAUCCGAUGAUUACUGGACAGGACUAUUGUGGGGAUGAAGAUGAAGAUGAAGAUGAUGAAGGCCAUGUGGAGGACGCGAAUCAUAAGACUGCCAGAAGAAAUGGACGGCAGGGUUGGAACCAUGAUGGGGAUGAAGACGAGAUCCGAACACACAUGCAUCAUGGUAAGACUUUCAACUCCUUUGAUGUAAUAUCAUGCUGA